AUGUCAAAUCAAGACAAAUACGAAGAAGGAGGAGCGGUAGUAAAAGACGAAGACUAUGUCAUCAAUCAAGAACAUGGAUCCGAUGCGUAUGAUCCCGUGAAGUUAGGUGAUCUUGAAGAACCUGUUGAUUCCAACAAACUUGCGCCUAUGGAUCAUGAGUUACGCGAAUCGACGAAAAUAACUCGUAAAACACCAGGUUUAUAUGCCGAAGACGAAAGUGGCUUCGAUCAAGAGGGUAGACCUUUGCCUGCUAUUGGUGAUCAAGAGAAAGAUGCUUCAAGACAAUUAUCAUCUCUCGUUGCUGCUUCUCAUCGGAAAGGACGUGAUAAAACAGCUAAACGUGCUAGUGCCGAAAAAGCCUCGGAUUUGCAUGAGGAAUUUACCGGAUACCCAUUGGAAAUUAAUCAAGAGGGUGAAGUCGAAACUGAUACUCGUAUUAGUCAAGGAUGA